AACGAAGAAGAAAAUCGCUCUAAAAUUGUAAUUUUUGAAAUAUAGUUAUUAAACAGAAAACAUAGUGAAAUAUUUUGAAACAAUAAUUAUAUAAUAAAAUGACAGAAGCCUGGACUAUUUAAAUACGUUUUUCAACGCCUCGAGAAGGGAGCAAAAUGGGUACACAGCUUUUAAAGUGUCCUUUAUGUUGUAAUGAACAUUUUUCUUCCCGUCAGGACUUAAAGUGUCACAUAACUGAGUUGUUAAAUAGUUUGUCUUGUCCAGUUUGUACUUCAACUUUUAAUAGUGUUAUUGAAUUAUCAGAACACCUAGAUACAGAAUGUGAACUUAGUGAAGGAGUAAGUAACCAAAAUGAAGAUGAAAGUGUUUCUGAAAUCCAUGAGCAUUCAGAACAAAUGUUGAUUCAACUUGACGAAACACAACAAGAACCUACAAAUGAACAUGUAGAAAUGGUUAAUGAUGAUACUCAGCAGAUCGAAUUUAUUGAAAGUGAGGAUAUUGCUGAAGAAGUGGAGGAGAAUGGCAAUGUUAUUUAUGAGUGUGAAGUUUGUAAAGUUCAAUUUAACUCAAUUAAAAACCAUUUAAAAGAGUACCAUGCUGGAGAAGAUGUUGUGCUGCAAACCAAUGUAUUUCACGAAAAUGAAUUAUCCCAUGAAAUGCAAGUAGAAGAAGAUCAAGUCACUGAAUAUUCUCAGGAGGAAGAAAGUUUUGAAAUAAGCCAUGAAUCUGGAAAUGAUGAAAAUGAAAAGCCCGUGAUACAAAAGAAUAAUAAAAGAGUAGACUGGGUUUCUAGAAAAGAUAAUGUUAUCCCUUUAACCGAAAAUUAUGCUAUAGAGAAUGGUAAAGUAAGAAAAAUCACUGAGAAGGAAGCAGCUGAAAUAAGUGAUAGAAAUUCUAUAUUCCAAAUUCAUCAGUGCCCUAAAUGUUUCUUACAAUUUCCUAAACUAGAUCAUUACAUCAAACACAAAUGUUCUGCAGGCAAGAAGUCAAAACAGUUUAAGUGUGCUCAUUGUACAGCAGUGUUCUUAACCUACCCAUCCCUUAAUACGCAUUUGAAGUUACACCUACAGCCUCAACCAGAAGAAUCCCAACAUAAGGUGAUCACCUUAAAUCCCCACAGGUGUAAUACAUGUAACACAUUGUUCCCAUCAUUAAAAAGCCUUAGACUUCACUUAAAGAUGCAUGAGCCUGUUAAGAUAAAACCCGUAGAACCUCCAGUAGAUAACGAUUUGGCUGAUGGAGAGAAAAAAGAAAGAAAGAUAUUUGUGUGUCAUAUCUGUAACAAUCCUUAUGAUCUUGAGUAUGAACAAGUUCAUAUGAAGUCACACUCUGAAGAAAAAAAUUUUUUCUGUACUACAUGUAAUCGAGAAUUUAUGAGCCAAGAAAAUUUAGAAAUGCAUAUGAAAGCUCAUAAUAGUAAUAAAAAUUAUAUUUGUUCGUAUUGUAAAAAAGCUUAUACUACUUCUACAGCUUUAGAAGAUCAUGAAGUAAAUCAUUGCCUGCGCAGAAAGUAUGAAUGCCAGUAUUGUGGUAGACGCUUCUCUAGACCACAUGAGAAAGUAAAACAUGAAAGGAUUCAUACUGGUGAGAAGCCACAUAUUUGUCAAGUAUGUGGCAAAGGAUUUAGAGUCAGCUAUUGUCUAACCCUACACAUGAGAACUCAUUCAGGUUCAAGACCUUAUGAAUGUCCUAAAUGCCAGAAACGAUUUAAAUCUCAUAGUGUCUACAAUCAUCAUUUGCUGAUUCACUCAGAGGUAAGAGCCUAUAAAUGUCCUUACUGCCCCAAAGCAUUUAAAACAAGUGUACAGUUAGCUGGUCACAAAAAUAGCCAUAUAAAACCCUUUAGUUGUAAUGAAUGUAACAGGCCAUUUGCAUCUCUGUACGCUGUGAGAGCUCACAUGGAAAGCCACAAAAGAGAAAAUAAUUUAAAGUUUGACUGCUGGCUGUGCGGUGCAACAUACGCUAGAGCAUUUGCUUUAAAAGAUCACAUGAAGAGUCAGCAUGCUGAUGAAAAUGUUGAUGCAGGUGCAUUAGGUGAGCUUGAAACUGAAGAAACUGUUUUUGUAAUUAAAGAAGAUUUAGAUGAGAAACAAGAAGUUUAAUUUAAUUUUUAAUAUAACUUAUUAAAAUAUUAUCGUGUAAAAUUAGAAAUAUAAUUUUAAAUUACUAGUA